GAUGAGGAAAUGAGAGAUCUUGCUGAGCUGCUGAUAGCUGAGCAAUCACUGUUUGUCUUUGGACGAGGCUACAACUAUGCAACAACACUUGAAGGUGCAUUGAAGGUUAAGGAAGUAUCUCUUAUGCAUAGUGAAGGAAUCCUUGCUGGUGAAAUGAAGCAUGGUCCCUUAGCUUUGGUUGAUGAAAACCUCCCUAUUUUAGUUAUCGCCACUCAUGACAGUUGUUUCAGCAAACAACAAUCAGUGAUUCAGCAGCUCCAUGCCCGUAAAGGUAGAUUAAUAGUGAUGUGUACAAAAGGAGAUGCAUCAUCUGUUCGUGUUAGCGGAUCAUGCCGUGUCACUGAGGUUCCUCAAGUUGAGGACUGUUUGCAGCCAAUAAUUAACGUAGUCCCGCUGCAGCUAUUGGCAUAUCAUCUUACGGUUCUACGCGGAUACAAUGUUGACCAACCUUAGAAUCUUGCCAAGAGUGUUACUAUUGAGUAAACAUUCCACUUAAAGAAAUAUACCAUUUUUGUCUCUGGUUCAAGAUGAUAGAUUGAGGGAAACCUUUGCAUUU